AUGCUUCUCGCAGCGAACGAUUGUAAUGGGAUGUCUUCCAACUGCAAGCAAUCUGCCCAAAGAUCUUUGCAGAUGUAUGAGAUGCACGACGGUCGCGCAAGACUUGUAAAGGGAGUGUUUGAAAACGUGACUGCCACUCAGCUGGGCCCCUACAGGGUUUUGCUGACUGACUGGGACAUGGAUGGCGAUGAAGACAUACUCAUAGCAGCUGCAGAUGGAAGGUUGCAUUAUCACGAGAUGGUGGAAGGGUCAUGGUAUGCAGAGAAAGCCAUACACCCAUUUUCUCACAUCAACGUUAACAAAAGCAAGGAACCAAUUCUUCUGCUGGAUUGGGAUAAUUCUGCGUUUCAACGAUAUGCUGAUGUAGGAGUCAUCUCUCAACCUCUUGCCGUAGACUGGGACAACGAUGGCGACAUGGAUCUUGUGCUUGGUCCGAGCGGGCGAUUUUUCGAGCAGAGAGACCCUGGUGUCUUGGUGGAAUGGCCUUCGGAGACAAGCCCUUUCAGCAACUUGUCUGCUGCAGAUCGCAUGUGGAGGUGGGCACUUCCGGAGCCUCAAGACGAGGCCGACAGAGUGUGGAGGUUCAUCGAUUGCGACAACGACGGAGAUGCUGACUUGGUGAGGCUUAAGGAAGACUGGACUCCCAAGCUGGAGGUUUGUGAGCACCGAAGUGAUCAGACGCUUCUUUGCAACGACACGUUGCCAUGUGCAGGGUUCAGUUUGGUUGCAGAAGAGAUUGCACAAAUGUAUUCCCUGGACCUAUGGGACAUGGAUGGUUCAGGUGACGUUGACAUACUCGCAUCUUACAUGCAGUCCGACAAUCCUGUGCGCUGGACACGGGCAUUUUGCUACCCCAAUGAUGUUUGUAAUGGCAGGGGCCAGUGCCUCUCGGGGCCUGAGUGUGAGUGCAUUCGCGGGCAUGAGCUUCAUGAUUGCUCUGGCUGUGAGCCAGGUUAUUAUACCCGAUGGGAGGGUGCGGGGACCCUGCACAGCUGUGAAAGAUGCCCGCUGUCAGAUGGCAAGAUGUGCAAGGGUCGAGGCAGCUGCUUGGAUGAUGCCGCGGCCAAAAAAGUCGCCGAGUCCAGUACGCUUUCCAUUCUUAGGCGUGGCAACGGAAGCUGCGCUUGCGCCGAAGAGCACUUCUAUGGCACGGACAGCAGUGGCCGAUCGACAUGCACUGCUGGCUGGUGCCCAGACGGAUCGGAAGAGUAUGAAGGUAGAUGCCGGCCAUGCCUACCUGGUUUCGCCUCAUCUGGUGGGACCUCUUGCGCAAAGUGCCCAGUGGGCAGGUUCUCAGGCGGAGCCAGCAGCCAGUGCUCUGAGUGCCCGGCAGGAGAGGUCUCAUCGGAGCCUGGCGCUUCAGCGUGUGCGACUUGCUCAGCUGGCACGGUUGCAACUUACGGCCAGUUUUGCUCCAGCUGCCCGGUUGGGUUGAUCUCACAACGAGGAAGCACGCAGUGCGAGACGUGUGAGGCAGGUACUCAUGCUGCGGACCCAGGCAGCAGUGUUUGCCUUCAGUGCCCAGCAGGUAGAUUUGCAGUCUCUGGCGCCGCACAAUGUCGCGAAUGCCCAUCCGGCGCUUUCUCCAACGUGUCAAGUCAGAGCUGCACAUCUUGUGGUGCCGGGCGUUUCGCUCAACUACCUGGAAGUCAGUUCUGCAGCGUUUGCACAUCUGGAAAAUUUGCAGCAGAAGGAAGCCAGCGAUGUCAGAAUUGCCCAGCAGGGGAGGUCUCUGGCUUCGAAAGCGAUUCAUGCGAAGCCUGUGAUGGGCUGUUUUUCCAUAUGACGACGGAUGCAGGGCAGCACCACUGCCAGCUGGAUCUCAUGGACAUAAUGUUCGUGGUUGUGUCGUGCUUGAGUUUCGUGGGCUUCUUCAUCUCAAUCUUGGCAGGCUGUCAUGGCCGCAUUCGCAUUGCAGAUUUGUCAUCUCAGGGCAGCGACUUCGUAUUGACAACAUCCGGCCUGCAUCGCAUCCUGCCCUGGAAGUGGGCAUCUCCUUGGGUCAGUUUGGCUGGCACAGGUGUGCCCAUGGUGGAUGCCAAGCGAUCCACGCCUUCAUUCCGAGUCCAGGCAAUGGGCAACGAGCAGCUGCUGCUCAUGCCCUCUAGCGCAAUCAAGUGUCCGUUGGACACGUCCAUGGGAUACGUUCGUAUCAGUUUUCCCCGAGCCUUCGUGAGUCUUGGCUUCUUCCGUUGCCCACUGCUAUUGUGGUCCUUCAUAUUCUUCCUUGCUGGCGGUGCUUGUGUUUCUCGGCUGACACUGCCAAUGGCUAUCGUUGUCAGUCUAUUGAGUGCGUUCUUGGGUUGUGUUUGCUAUGGCAUCUCAUGGAUGCGCGGCCAGCGCACACCCAUGGUGAAGAGACAUCGUCAAUUUCAUCACGCAUGGUCUACCUCGAACCCAAAGCCCAAGCGGUGUGAGCGGGGAGCUCCUCGAGCAAUCACGGCAGGGAAGCUCCGAGACUUCUUAGACUUUUUCCGGGAAUUCAUUCGGGAGCGGUCCAUGUACUAUGUCUGCUCGAACAUCGUGAUGCCCUUGACGAAGCCAGUUAAGCUCUCCUUCGCGGAGCUCAUCGGCCCCAAUGAGCUCAACUGGUUUGUUUCUCAUUAUUGGGGUACACCAGUCCAGCAUUUCGUGGCGGCAGUGUGCAAGCACGGGUUUGCCCAUGCAGGUGACGCUUGGCGAGACUCGGCCUAUUGGAUAUGCACUUUCAGCAACAAUCAGUGGGAGGUACCCUUGGAGCUUGGAAAUGGUCGGUGGCAGGAGUCCUCCUUCUAUUUGGCGUUGAGAAGCCCCAAUUGCCUGGGUACUGCUAUGAUACUCGACGAAGAGGCCUUACCUUUGCAGCGCAUCUGGUGCCUUUUUGAGGUCUAUCAGACAAUCCUCCUGUCAGCGCAGAAUGCCGGGUUUGCAGGGCUCUUGCUCUGCACUUCCACAGGGGUCCUCCAGCAAGGCCAAGCGGGCACUGAUAUUGCCAUGGCUGUUGCCAAGAGGUUAGCCGCGCUGGAUCUCCGCAACGCGCAAGCAUCGGAUGAAGGAGACAGACUCAUGAUUCACGGCCUCAUCGAAGCAAUGCCCGGGGGCUUUGACGCAAUGAACCAAUUCGUCCGGGAGUCCAUCCGCAAUGCCCUGGUAACCAUGCAUCAGCAGUUUGAGCACGACUUCAGCAGCUUGGUGCAGGAGCUGACUGCGAGCCACAGUGCUUCAGCCAGUUCGAGCGUUUCUGUGGAAGUGACGGCGUUGCCGACCCUGCUCCUCGGUGAACUGUAG